AUGGGGAGGGAGGAUGUGGUCUCAGGGCUCGGCCAGGGGGGCCGGAGGGAGUCUGGAAUGCGCCGGCAGCACCCGCCUCCCGCCCCCCGGAGUGGACCAGAGCCUGGGCCACCCUCGGCCGCCCGGUGUCCCCGCGCAGCCCGCCCGUCGCCGCCCCCUACAUUCCACAGGCCGCUGCGCAGUCUCCUUCCUCGCAUUCCAGGCGGGGCAAAGGAGCGCCCCCCCUCCUCCCCCGUCCACCCCCCGCGCGCGGCCUCGGAGCGGAGGGGGCGCGGCCCCGAGCUGCGCGCGCAUUCAUUCCCCCGGCGCGCGCCUCCGUCCGUCCCUCCCUCCCCGCCACGGCCCCGCGCGAGCGCGCGGCCCACGCCGAGCCACCGCCACCCCGGCCCCGCCCCGCCCCGCGCCCAGGGGUCCCGGGGCCCGCGCGCCAGCCUGGCGGGCUCGGACGGCGGCAGCGCGCGCUCCAGCGGCAUCAGCCUGGGCUACGACCAGCGCCACGGCCCCGGCCCCGGGCCGCCGUCGGGGGGCAGCGCGCGCUCCAGCGUGUCCAGCCUGGGCUCCCGCGGCUCGGCGGGCGCCUACGCAGACCUGCUGCCGCCCGGCGGCGGCCCCGCGCCCGCCCGCUCCCCGGAGCCUGCCCCGUUCCCGUUCCCGUUGCCGUCGCUGCCGCUGCCCCCGGGUCGGGAGGGCGGCCCGAGCGCGGCCGAGCGGCGGCUGGAGGCGCUCACGCGGGAGCUGGAGCGCGCGCUCGAGGCGCGCACGGCGCGAGACUAUUUCGGCAUUUGUAUCAAGUGUGGGCUUGGCAUCUACGGAGCGAGGCAGGCGUGCCAGGCGAUGGGGGGCCUGUAUCACACCGACUGCUUCACCUGUGACUCCUGCGGGAGACGACUCCGAGGGAAGGCCUUCUAUAACGUGGGCGAGAAAGUGUUCUGCCAGGAGGACUUCCUGUACUCCGGGUUCCAGCAAACAGCUGACAAGUGUAGCGUGUGUGGACACCUCAUCAUGGAGAUGAUCCUGCAGGCCCUUGGCAAGUCCUAUCACCCGGGCUGCUUCCGCUGCUCCGUGUGCAACGAGUGUCUGGACGGGGUUCCCUUCACCGUGGACGUGGAGAACAACAUCUACUGCGUCAGAGACUAUCACACGGUGUUUGCACCAAAAUGUGCCUCCUGUGCCCGCCCCAUCCUCCCUGCACAGGGCUGUGAGACAACCAUCCGUGUGGUGUCCAUGGACAGAGACUACCACGUGGAGUGUUACCACUGUGAGGACUGUGGGCUGCAGCUGAGCGGCGAAGAGGGGCGCCGCUGCUACCCCCUGGAGGGGCACCUGCUCUGCCGCCGCUGCCACCUGAGGCGCCUCGGGCAGGGCCCGCUCCCCUCGCCUGCUGUGCACGUGACUGAGCUCUGAGAAGCAGCCGUCAGAGGGAGGGGUGACCGUGCCCUCCUCUCCCCUCUCCACCCAGCUGCUGUUCCUUCCGCAGGGGCCGGACCCCAGCGACCAAGAAGCGAUUUCUAUUUAUUCACCUUCCGUGCCUCACUCAAGCCACUUCCCUGCUGGAUUCCAGGACAGCCGCUCCCCAGGCCACCUUCCUCAGAGGCAGGGCCUGGAGGGCCUUGGCGCCGGUGGGCACGCCUUGCUUGUGUGCGAUCACAGAGCCGGGGAGCAGUGACAACCUGGGAACACCACGAUUUGGCCUUGGUGGGUGUUUUCAGCAGCAUUUCCCCGCUGCUCUGGAUCCCGGUUCUGGUGCUUUUGUAGCAUCCUCAGUCCCUGAAGACCCUGGGCAGAGCCAGAAAGAGAGAGAGCUCGGGAGAGGGCUGCCUGUACUUCCGGCGGGAGCAUCUGUGCGUGCUGUAUCAGACCCCACCACGAAAGCAUAUAAUGACUUAAAUUAAGUUUCUUUCUUUCUGGAGGAUGUUUGCAUUUUCUUUCAAAGAAUAGAGUUUUCUUCUAAAAGCG